AUGUUUGAUGAUGACGAGGAUUUAGAUGGUUUAGAUUUUGGUGAUUCUCAAUCUGUUUUCAAUUCGACCGCUACAAAACAAUCUCAACAACAACAACAACCCCAACAACAGAUUUAUAUUCAGAAAUCACAAGUUACUCUUAACAACAACAAUAAUAACAAUAGUAAUAGUAGCAAUAUAAAUAAUGUAAAGAGUUCUUCAAACUUGAACUUGGUACCUCCACCAAAUUCAGUGUCUAAACUCACACCCAACAGCAAACCAAUAACAACACUUACAAAGCCAGUCAGUACUAUUGCUUCUAGUGCAACAAUUAUUAAACCAAUUAUCAAUAAUAGUAAUAACAAUAACAACAACAACAAUAAUAGUAUUAGUAAUAGUCAACAACUGCAACAACCACUAACCAUAAACAAGCCAGUAGCUAAACCACUUCCAAUCCAACAACAACAACCACAACAACCAAAGAAGCCAUUAUUUGAAAUUCCUUCACAAACACAAUCAUCUCAAUAUACAAGUGAUCUCAUUAAGAAAACAGAUAUAAAAGAUUUAUUAUUGAAUCAUAGGAAUAUUAAUAAUCAGCCAAUUACUACUACUAAUACUAGUAGUAGUAAUAAUAAUGUACAGAAUAAACAACAACAGCAGCAACAACCAGUAAAAUCAAUAACACCACCUAAACAACCACAAACAUUAUAUCAUGAUAAUGACCAAGCACAACCACAUCUCCAAACACCUGUAAAGCGAAUGAAGAAUGAUUUACAAAAUCCAGUACAUAUUCAACAACAACAACAACAACAGCAACAACAAGAUAUAUCAUUACCAAUAACACCAUCAAGGAAAUUCCCUGGCCCAGCUGGAUCAUUACCACCUUUGUUACCAGGACAAAAGAUACCGAAUCAUUCAAUCAAACCACAACAACAACAACCACAGGAUAAUAAUAAUAAUAAUAAUAGUGAGGAUGGCAAUCAAAAGAGUAAAACAGUAUCAGUAUUUCUCAAGGCUAAUCUUCAGGAUAUUUUCAAUUACGAUUUGUUCCCGGUGGACUAUUGUCAAGGUCCGUGGGUUCUAAUGUUAAAACAACGUGGACUUCCCCCGUUUGGCAGUGCAAACGACAAUCCUCUACUCUUAAAAUAUAACAUUGAUUAUGUGCUGCGCGAAGGCUAUCAGAAGAAAGUACCUCUACUGGUGGUCAUGAUAAAGUCGCUCGUUGCAACAGAGUCAAACUUUGAAACGGUGAUAAGCGAUCCCUACGGAGAGAUGAAAGGCACCAUCCAGAAGAAGAUAGUACUCGAGCACUAUCCGGAACUCUCAAACGGUUGGAUUCUCGUACUGAAAAAGACAUCGAUAUUCAACCCGACACCGACAUCGCACUACGUCAACAUUGUACUGCCAAACAUUGAAUAUGUAUUCUCACCGAACGAUCUAGGUAUUCAAGAAGCAAACGAUGAAUUCGAUCAAUUGGCUAAUAACAGUUUGGAACCAUACGAUCCUAAAUCAAUAUAUCAAGCGAUACCAAUUAGAACACCCGAACAAAUUGAAAAAGAACUGUUGGAAAAGAAGUUGGCCAAGAAAUUACAUGCGGAAUCACUGAAUCCCACUAUACAACCGCCACCACCUCCAAAGAAAUCAGCAGCAGCAAAGAAUAAACCAAAAGCUAAAGGAAAGCAGCCAACAACAACAUCAUCAUCAUCAUCAGCAGCAGCAGAUACGACAACUAAAAAACCAGCAAUAACAAAACAAGUAACAACAACAACUACAAUAACAACAACAACAAAAGAUAAAUCUAAAAACUCUAAUAAUAUUAGAGAUGAACAUAAUGAUAAUGAUGAAUAUGAAAUGAUAAACUUAACACCUCCACAACAUUCACCAAGAGAUAUAGACAUUCCAACAAAAAAAGACGAUUCUACUACUAAAUCAACGAUGAUCGUUCAACCUAAACAACAAGUUCAACCUAUUUUAUCUCUGCAAAGCAGUCAAGGUAUCAGUAAACCAUCAAAUCCGAUUACACCUCUUAAGCCUUUGAUACCUUUACAACCAAAAGUGUUACCAAUACCAAUUUCGAAUUCUCAACAACAACACUCGCAAUCAUCAAGUCAACAAUCAGUAACACCUAAAUUAAUAUUAAAAACACCCACGCCCAUCAUCGCCAAAACCUUGCCAAAGCCAGCAAUCGUCGAACCUGUCAAACCAACACCACCACCACUUCCAACACCACCUGCUAUUAAAACACAUCAACCAUUACGCCCACCAUCCAGUUAUUUUGCAACUGACAACAACAACAAUACCAACAACAGUACCAACACCAACAGAAAUGAAAUAGAUGAUCUUGACUUUGAUUUUGGUGAUACUGGAGAUGAACAACCUCAACAACAACAACAAAACAACAUAAAUAAUCUCCACAAUAACAAUAACAACUCUAAUUUCACAUUACCAUCAAAAUCUAGUAUACCAAGUUUUCAAAGAAAGCUGACCCCUAUAAAUUCUCUUCAUACAACAAUGAGCAAUGCGAAAUAA